ACUAGAGUGCACCUUAUAACUCAGCAGAACGAUCGUCCCAUCAGAAAUCUCGUCGCAGAUGUACGUCAAGAUUUUGUUUCAGAAAUCAAAUCAGAACCCGAAGCCGAAAUAAGACGCCAAAAAGUGCAUGUCAACCCUCGCAAGACAUAUGACAGGAGACAGAACCCAGAGAGAUUAUACAUCACAGUCUGCAAAACAAUGUCAGACUUCGAACCACUCAAAGAGAGAGAGAGAGAGAGAGAGAGAGAGAGAGAGCCAAUAGAAGCAAGAGUUGUAAUUAUUAUGAAUGUAUUGUAUUGUUAAGUUGUUUGCUCUUAGCUCUCUCAAUUACUCAUCAUCGAAACUCUACUUCUUCUGUGCUUGGAUUUUCCGGCGAGGCUGUGAAGGAGUCGUCGCCGGGGAGAUGUCGCCGGUGGCGAAAGGUGAGAGCUCGAGGGGGUUGCAGGGUGUGCAUUACUAUCCUGCACCGCUUUCGUCUCAUGAUGAAAUUGUUAAGGAUUCUGUUGUUUUCUGGGACACUCUCAGACGCUUCCACUUUAUGAUGAACACCAGGUUUAUGAUUCCUGUCAUUGGAGGAAAGGAACUAGAUUUGCACAUGUUGUACGUGGAGGUAACAAGGAGGGGUGGAUAUGAGAAGGUUGUUGAAGAGAAGAAAUGGAGGGAAGUGGGUAAUAUUUUCAUGUUCUCCCCAACAACAACUAGUGCUUCUUUUGUGUUGAGGAAGCACUACAGAAGUCUUCUCUUCAGUUAUGAACAAGUUCACUGCUUUAAGAAGCAGGGUCCUAUAUGUUCCCCUUCAGCGCCGCCUCCAGUUGCCUUUUCCAUUAGUAAUCGGAACUACUCAGACAAACCUGAACUGGCUCUGGUGGAAUAUUCCUCCAAAAUGCCGAAACCGGCCAAACCCAUCAGAGAUUGUCCGGUUCCGGGUUCUGAAGGAACAGGAACAGGAACAAUUACUGGGAAGUUUGAUUGUGGCUAUUUGGUAACUGUGAGGUUGGGUUCGGAGGUUCUCAAUGGAGUACUAUACCAUCCUGAGGAGCCAGUUUUGUCUGAUGCAAGCCCUGAACCAAUCAAUUUCAGAGUACCGGACACCAAAAGAUCACGUCGUCGUUCUGGCUUGAAAAGGAGGAGUAGAAGAAGGGAAGACCCCAAUCAUCCGAAACCUAAUCGAAGCGGCUAUAAUUUCUUCUUUGCUGAGAAGCAUUGCAAGUUCAAGUCCCUCUACCCAAACAGAGAAAGAGAGUUUACAAAGAUGAUAGGGGAGUCUUGGAGCAAUCUCACCGCAGAAGAGAGGAUGGUUUACCAGAAUAUUGGGGUGAAAGACAAGGAGAGAUACAAGAGAGAACUUGAAGAGUACAAGGAAAAGAAGAAGCUCAGGCAGACCACGGAAGUUAACAGAGACACAGGGUUGAUUAGUAAAGCUAAAAAAGAGAGCCAAUAGAGGAAUUCAACUCAAGAGAGAAGAGCUUGUGAUCAUUGGAUUCUAUGUAUAGCGAAAUGUAGGAUCUAGUUUAAUUUAGGCUCUAGUUGUUGUAAGGGAAUUCUAUGCAACUCCUUUCUGGUUUCUAAUUUACUAAUCUGAAGGAGAUCACUAGGAAAAGGCGAUAAAUGCUUCAUUUUAUUGCAAAUUGCGUUUAGUUAAUUUAUUAUA